GUGUUUCGAAUCAGUGACUGAUUCCGCUGACUUACACUCUUUAGAUUCACGCUUUACACACAGUCUUUUCAGACUAUUCACAUUUUACACACAUUGUGUCCACAAUUAUCAGAACAAUCAGAUUUUUGUCAUAAUCAAACGAUGUCUACAACAGCUGAGCGCAGUGAAUCUGAGCGCGCGCCUGUCGCAUCGAGCUUCAAAAGAAUCGAUCUGAGCGAAGAAAUGAUGGACAACAGCCCAGCAGACAAAGGGAAGAAGGGGAAAGCGGUGCAUGUCUUCUUCCGGAAGCUGUGCAAGGCUGUGAAGCGUCCGGACCGAGUGCUGCGUCUCACAGCACAGACGGACGCUCGUCUGGACCGUCCCGAGGUGACGGCUGUCCCGGGUCCGACGGCCGUUCCUGAGCUGCUGUGUCUGCCGGGUCAGGUGUGGGAAGAUCCGGAGCGUUCCUCCGGGAUCAGAGAGCCAACGCUUCUUCCAGAUCCAUCCGCUCUCAGUCUCUGUCACAAAGAAGCUAAGAAAGGAAGGAAGAGUGUCUUCUUGCGGAGAGCAUGUGAGGCUGUGAAGCAGCUCUUCCCCUGCUGCGACCCGGACAGAGUCCAGCCUCCUGAAGCAGAGCCGGGUCCGGAGCAAUCCCAGCUCGUUCUGCCGGAGCAGGACCAGGACCAGGUCUCUGCAGACCUCCAGUCGUCUCCUGAGGAAGAAGGUCCCUCCGAGAUCCAGGCCCACGAUGCAGUUCUGUCCGGUCCAGUGUCCGGUCCAGUGUCCAGUUCAGUGUCCGGUUCAGUGUCCGGUCCAGUGUCCGGUUCAGUGUCGGUCGUGUCAGAAACAGCACCGGACACAGUGUUGCCUGAUCCAGAAAUCCAGCUGCCUCAAGGAUCCGUCGUGUCUUUGUUUGAAGUGGGACAUUUGAUCGCAUCAGGGAACUUCAGCAAGGUCUAUGAGGGAACACACAUAUUCAGCGACAACUGUGAUUGUGAUUGUGUUGUCAGGAAGAACAUGGUGCGGCCGUUCGACGACUCCACAGCGCUGGAAUUCUUCUCCAAGAAGUCGGACUGCUCCUUGUUUCUGUUCGGCUCACACAACAAGAAGAGGCCCAACAACCUGAUAUUCGGACGCAUGUUUGACUUCCACGUGCUGGACAUGUUCGAGCUGGGCAUCGAGAGGUUCGUGUCUCUGAGAGACGUGAAGACGGACACGUGUCCCGAGGGCACCAAACCGCUGCUGGUGUUCGCCGGGGAGCUGUUCGAGACGGACCGGGAGCAUCAGCGCUUGAGGAGCCUGCUGACAGAUUUCUUCUGUGGGCCGCGGGUGUCUGCGGUGCGUCUGGCUGGACUCGAGCACGUGCUUCACUUCACGGCGCUGGAGGGCAAGAUCUACCUGCGCAGCUACAAAGUGCUGCUGAAGAAGUCCGGCUGUCGCACGCCCCGGAUCCAGCUGCAGGACAUGGGCCCUUCCUUUGACUUCGUCAUGAGGAGAAACCACAUGGCCUCAGACGACCUGUACAGAACCGCUCACAGACAGCCCAGAGGAGUGAAGCCCAAGAAGAAGAAGAACAUUUCCCACGAUGCUUUCGGCACCAGACUGGGCCGCUUGCACAUGCAGAAGCAGGACCUGGACAAACUGCAGACGCGCAAGAUGAAGGGCCUGAGGAAGAGGAGGGGAGAGCAGACGGCAGAGACGGCGGCGGCCAAAGCCCCGCGGACGGACGAGUGACACCGCAGACGACUGCAGAGAGAGAGAGAGAGAGAGAGACGCUUCCACUGAAUUCAGUCCUGGCUUUUCCUGCAAGCUUAAUAUUCUGACCGAAUGAAAUUUCAUUGGGAUUUUCCUACAAAAUAAUAAAAUGCAUUUAAUUCAUA